AUGAUGUCUCCCGGCCACACGCUGUCUCUGCUGGUGAUCCUGGGCGUCGGGGCCCUGGCUCUUCCACAGAGCAGCUCCCGGGCUCUCAACCAGCUACCCGCGGACUUUAUCUUCGGAGCAGGCACAGCAUCUUACCAGGUGGAAGGCGCCUGGAACGAAGACGGGAAAGGUGAGAACAUCUACGACUACUGGUUGCACAACAAUCCUAACCUGACAGUUGACGGCAGCAAUGGCGACGUGGCGUGCGACUCCUACCACAAGUACGAGACAGACAUCCAGCUCGCCAAAAAUCUCAGUGUGAAUGCGUACCGGUUUUCGAUAUCGUGGGCCAGGAUACUUCCUACUGGAGACACCAACGUGGUCAAUCAAAAGGGGAUUGAUUACUACAACAACCUCAUCAACGGUCUACUGGAGAACGGUAUCGAACCAUUGGUGACAAUGUACCACUUUGACCUUCCACAAAAGCUACAGGAUAUCGGAGGAUGGCCAAAUCCUAGGCUGGUUGAUUACUUCGUGGAGUACGCCAGAAUCCUAUACGAUAACUUUGGAGACAGGGUGAAAUGGUGGCAGACGAUCAACGAACCGAGCAGUGUCAUCAUGGGCUACAGUGGCUCUCCUGCCUUGGCCCCGGGCAUCGACUCCUCAGGUGUGGGGGACUACAUGGCCGUCUACACACUACUCAAGGCACACGCCGCCGCGUACCGACUCUACGACGAGCAGUACCGAGCGACUCAGCAAGGAAAGGUCGGCAUUGCCCUUAACAUCAUGUGGUACGAGCCAGCCACAAACUCAACGGAGGACAUCGCCGCUGCAGACCGGAAGCUACAAUUCUACGCUGGUAUUUUUGGACACCCGAUUUUCAGCGCCGAGGGGGACUACCCAGAGGUGGUGAAGCAGAGGGUGGCGAACAACAGCAGGGCAGACGGCUACGCGAGGUCCCGCCUCGUGGAGUUCACCCCGGAGGAGGUCGAGUACAUCAGGGGCACUGCUGACUUCGUUGGGGUAAACCACUACACCAGCUUCCCAGCAUCGGACGGGCAGUCUGGUAGCAACCCUUCCAUGGACUAUGACGCGGGAGUCACCCUAGGCGCGUUCACGGAUUACCCUGUAUCUGCCGCCUUGUGGUUUAGGAACAUUCCGUGGGGCUUCCGCAAGACUCUCAACUGGGUGAACCAGCAGUAUCCCGGCUACCCUAUCUUCGUGCUGGAGAAUGGGUGGCCCGAUUCUGGCGAGAUGGAGGACCAGGGCCGCAUAGACUACUACACGGCCUACCUUUCUGAGAUGGUGAAAGCAAUGAACGAGGACGGCGUCGAUGUCAUCGGCUAUGUGGCCUGGAGUCUGAUGGAUAACUUCGAGUGGGGCACCGGAUUUACGAUUAGGUAUGGAAUUCACCAUGUGGACUUCGACGACCCAGACCGAAAAAGGACGCCAAAGGCAUCCUUCGUUGUUUUGGAGGAGAUCUUCAGGACGAAAACUAUUCCCGAGCAAUACUUCAGAUAAAUAGGCUGUGAUACAGUGUGUACUCCUACAUUCAUAAUUUGUAAUAAAAAACUCUCCCUGUU